GCACAUAUUCACAGGCUACUACAAGACAAUAAUGAAGCCUUUGAGUGGCAGGUGAUGACAUACAUGCAGCUCCAGUAACUGCUCAUUUUGUUAGAAAGCUAAAUUCCACAUUUUCCCCUAAGAGAGUAGUACCGUGCUUCAGAACUUGCUGGGUGAGGUAUUAAAACAAUGGGAAAUGCAGAGAGCCAAAGUGUAGAACACCAAUUUUAUGGAGAGAAACAUGCUAGUUUGGGACGAAAGCAUACAUCACGUUCUCUUCGCCUUUCAAACAAAGCAGCUCGCCGGACCAGACAUGCAUCCUCAGGAAAAAUUAUUCACAGAAACUCAGAAGUAAGCACAAGAUCUAGCAGUACUCCCAGCAUCCCUCAAUCAUUAGCAGACAAUUGUCUGGAAUCUUUUACUCAAGAAUCCAAUUUAGGGGAUUUUGGAAGCCCAAUUUGGGUGGACAGAAUGGAUAUGGGCUUGAGGCCAGUUUCUUACCACACUGAUUCUUCUGUCACUCCUAGCAUGGAUAGCAGUUCAGCCCUUAUGGCAGCGUCGGUACAAAGCAUGCCGGAUACCGAAGGUGGAAGACUCUACAGAGAUGAAUCAACAUAUUUGACUGAAGUAGGGGGUAGGCAACAUUCUUACUCAACAAAUGGGACCACAUUUUUGGAGCCUAUGACUUUCAAGAAAAAACGUUCAAAGUCUGCAGAUAUCUGGCGGGAGGACAGUUUGGAAUUUUCUCUAUCUGAUCUUAGUCAAGAACAUUUGACAAGCAAUGAAGAGAUCCUAGGCUCUCCUGAGGAAAAGGAUGGUGAGGAGACUCCAGGGAGAGAACCUAGUAAUAGUCGUCAAACGUUGGUAACAUGCCAGCGUGCCAAUUCCAUGAGUGACUUGUAUUCUCCUAAAAGUUCAACUGUUACAAUAAAUGGUGGACCGCGUAACAUGCUAGGAGGGUAUUGUCGGAAUAUAGGGUCUCAUAUCCCAGAUGUGGAAAACCACAAAAUAUCACCAAACGCAGUGGAUAAUGUGUCCUCUUAUAGUAAUUACAACACACUUCCCUGUCGGAAAUCUCAUUGCCUUUCUGAAGGAAUCAGUUGCAUCAAAAUGAACCACAGCAACAGUAUGCAUGGCAGACGAGCAAAAACAACUCAGGAUGUUAAUACAGGAGAUGGGAGUGAAUUUGCUGACAGUGGAAUUGAGGGUGCAACGACAGACACAGACCUCCUUUCUAGACGUUCCAAUGCGACAAACUCCAGCUAUUCACCAACCACCAGCCGAGCCUUUGCUGGCAGUGACAGUGGCAGUUCUUCAACUGGAGAUGGGGCACGUCAGGGAAUCUAUGAGAACUUUCGCCGAGAGUUGGAGUUGAGCAGCACCAAUGACAAUUUGGAUGAGGCUGGCUCUACCUUGAGUGAUGAACAGAGCAGUGGGACUUUGAGUUCCCCAGGACAGUCGGAUAUUCUUCUUACAGCUGGGCAGGGAACCGUAAGGAAGGCUGGAGCUCUUGCAGUGAAAAACUUCCUUGUCCACAAAAAGAACAAGAAGGUGGAGUUGGCCACACGGAGGAAAUGGAAACAGUAUUGGGUUUCCCUGAAAGGUUGUACUUUAUUCUUCUAUGAAAGUGAUGGCAGAUCUGGGAUAGACCACAACAGCAUCCCAAAACAUGCAGUCUGGGUGGAAAACAGCAUAGUGCAAGCAGUACCUGAACAUCCAAAGAAAGAUUAUGUCUUUUGCCUCAGCAAUUCUCUUGGAGAUGCAUUUCUCUUUCAGACUUCUAGCCAAACAGAAUUAGAGAAUUGGAUCACAGCAGUUCAUUCUGCUUGUGCCACAGCAGUAGCACGACAACACCACAAAGAAGAUACUGUGAAACUGUUGAAAACUGAAAUUAAAAAACUGGAGCAGAAGAUUGAUAUGGAUGAGAAGAUGAAGAAAAUGGGAGAAAUGCAUUUCCUGAGCUUGUCUUCAGUUAGAGACUCUAAGAAAAAGAAAACGAUUCUCGAUCAGAUCUUUGUUUGGGAACAAAACUUAGAACAGUUCCAGAUGGACCUCUUUCGAUAUCGUUGUUACUUAGCUAGUCUUCAAGGAGGAGAACUGCCAAAUCCCAAAACAUUACUUGCAUUUGCAAGUCGGCCAACUAAAGAUGCAAUGGGUCGUCUUGGAAUCUUUUCAGUGUCCUCUUUUCAUGCACUGGUGGCAGCUCGCACAGGUGAAUCUGGCGUCAGAAGACGAACACAGGUAAUGUCAAGAUCAGCAAGCAAACGAAGAAGCCGGUUUUCUUCUCUUUGGGGCUUGGACACUGCUUCAAAGAAAAAGCAAGGGAGGCCAAGCAUUAAUCAGGUUUUUGGCGAAGGAACUGAUUCUGUAAAGAAAUCUUUAGAAGGAAUAUUUGAUGACACUGUGCAGGAAAGCAAGAGAGAAAAAGAAGUAGCCCUCACUACUGUCCAUCCUCAUAAUCCUGACUCUGACAUCUGGGUCCAUGAGUAUUUUACACCAUCAUGGUAUUGCCUGCCAAAUAACCAGUCGGCUUUGACUGUCAUCCACCCAGGAGACACAGCAAGAGAUGUCCUGGAAAUGAUUUGCAAGGCACAUCAGUUGGAUUACUCAGCUCACUAUCUGCGUCUCAAGUUCUUUAUAGGAAACCAAAUGGAAUGUUACAUACCAAAGGCAGAAGAAGAUAUUUAUGAAUUGUUAUAUAAAGAAAUUGAAAUCUGUGAGAAAAUUAUACAGCAAAUUCAGCUUGAAAAAUCUGACACAUUGGAUAACUAUGGUUUUUCUCUAUCCUCUAUAGAAGAAGAAGGGAUUCGUCGUCUCCAUGUCAAUAGUGUCAAAGAAACAGGUCUGGCUUUUAAAAAAGGUCUGAAAGCAGGUGAUGAAAUAGUUGAAAUUAAUAAGAAGGCUGCUGAAAACCUGAACUCAGCCAUGCUAAGAGAUGUUCUUGUUCAGCCUUCUCUGUGCCUUAUUGUACAGACGUAUCCUGAGAGAGAGGCAGGGCAGAAUCGAAUGCACUUACCACCUCGGCGGGCAGAUGGUUCUUUUGACUUGACUGACAGUCCAUUAAAAUCUGUAUGCAGUGCCCAAGGACCCUUGCUCAGCAAUGAUCAAGACAACUGUGUUGAGAUAUCUCUAGAAGAGGCAGAAGUGAACAUCUUGGAAUCCUCUGAUGAGAGUGAUAAAACAAGCAAGAGUACAGAGCAGGUUGCUGCUUUUUGUCGCUGUCUUCAUGAAAUGAAUCCAUCCGACUCCAGUGUGACCCUUCAGGAAUCUACUGGACCUCAGCAAUCCAUUACAAGACAGCUAACUGAUGCGGAUAAACUGCGCAAAGUUAUUUGUGAACUUCUUGAAACAGAAUGCACAUAUGUCAAGGAUUUAAAUUGUCUAAUGGAGAGAUACCUGAAACCACUACAAAAAGAAAUUUUCCUUACUCAGGAAGAGCUUGAUGUUCUUUUUGGGAAUCUGACUGAAAUGGUGGCAUUUCAAGUGGAGUUCUUGAAAACACUUGAAGACGGAGUAAGGUUGGUGCCAGAUCUGGAAAAGCUUGAAAAAGUUGACCAGUUUAAAAAAGUGUUGUUUUCCUUGGGUGGAUCCUUCCUGUAUUAUGCUGACCGUUUCAAGCUAUAUAGUGCCUUCUGCGCGAGCCACACAAAGGUUCCAAAAGUCCUAGUGAAAGCUAAGACAGACACAGCAUUUAAAGCAUUCUUAGAUGCCCAGAAUCCCAGAAGACAACAUUCAUCAACAUUAGAGUCUUACCUCAUCAAACCAAUCCAGAGGAUAUUGAAGUACCCUCUUCUGCUGAAAGAACUAUUUACUCUCACUGAUGCUGAUAGUGAAGAACAUUAUCAUCUUGAUGUGGCCAUAAAAACAAUGAACAAGGUUGCUAGCCAUAUCAAUGAAAUGCAGAAAAUCCAUGAAGAAUAUGGAGCUGUGUUUGAUCAGCUCAUUGCGGAACAAACAGGAGAUAAGAAAGAGGUGGCAGAUCUUUCUAUGGGAGAUUUGCUAUUGCAUACCACAGUCAUCUGGCUUAAUCCUCCUGCGUCACUUGGAAAGUGGAAGAAGGAACCUGAACUGGCAGCAUUUGUAUUCAAAACUGCUGUGGUACUUGUAUAUAAAGAAGGAGUGAAACAGAAGAAAAAAUUGGGUGGAUCACAUAGAGUGUCCAUUUAUGAAGACUCAGACCCAUUUCGUUUCCGACACAUGAUUCCCUUGGAGGCUUUGCAAGUUCGAGCAUUGGCAAGUGCAGACGCAGAGACCAGUUCUGUCUGUGAGAUCGUUCAUGUGAAAUCUGAGUCUGAAGGCAGGCCAGAGAGGUCAUUCCAUCUUUGUUGUAGUUCCCCAGAACACAGGAAAGAUUUUCUAAAAGCUGUGCAUUCAAUUUUACGUGACAAACACAGAAGACAACUUCUUAAAACGGAAAGUUUGCCCUCAUCUCAGCACUAUGUCCCAUUUGGAGGGAAAAGGCUGAGUGCACUGAAAGGCGCAAGGCCAACUAUGAACAGGACAGUGUCCGCCCCAAGCAAGUCACUCGGGAGGAGAAGGCGCCGCCUAGGUCGAAACAGAUUUACCAUUGAUUCAGAUGCCGUCUUUGCCAGCAGUCCUGAGAAAGAGACCCAUCAGACAUCCAACAACAAGGACACUGACCGCUGGGUAGAAGAGCAGUUUGAUCUUGGUCAGUAUGAAGAACAAGAGGACAUAAAAGAAACAGAUAUUCUCAGUGAUGAGGAGGACUGUUGUGAGCCUUUGAAGAGCACUAUGGUUGAAAAAGAACUCCAGGAACAAUUGCAGUCAGCCUCUAUUACAAACAACCAAUCAUAUCGGGGAAACAAAACACGGUACACUAUGGGCUCACACGCAUCCAGAAUGGCUCAAUUAAAGAAGCAAACUGCUCUGUCUGGAAUUAAUGGUGGCAUGGAAGGCAAUGGUGAAGAAGUCAUUUGGGUUCGCCGUCAAGACUUUGUACCAUCAAGAAAACUAAACACGGAGCUUUAGAUCCAAUACUUUCUUGUUAGAUGCUAGGUAUAGGUGAACCCCAAAUUUAUCCUUUAUAUAUUGUGGAGAACCAUCCCUUAGAAUGCAUACUUGCACAUAUAGUAAUGGCAGCUAAACUGGUUGAAACUACAGCCUCUUCUCCU